AUGAAGACUACCUCCAUAUUGGCUUUCGCUGCCUUGUUGGCUAGCGCACAGGCUUCUCCUCACGAUCCUUUACCAAAAUCAGCUUCAAGCGACACAUCAAUUGCUCAAGAACAACUCAAGAUCCUAGUAUCUCAUGCUACAUACGCCUGGAGCACACUCUCGCCCAGAGAACGUAUUGCAUACACAGAUGCAGUCCUCUGUCUCCAGAACAAGACUGCCAAAUCUCCAGCAUCAUGGGCUCCUGGAGCAAAAUCUCGUUAUGAUGAUUGGGUAGCCACUCACAUCGACCAAACACUUCAAAUACACUACACAGGCAACUUUCUCGGCUGGCACCGCUACUUCCUCUGGGAAUACGAACAAGCACUUCGUAACGAAUGCGGCUACCAAGGCACCCAACCUUACUGGAACUGGGGUCUCUCUGCCGCAUCAGGAAUGGAAAAGAGCCCAGUCUGGGACGGCAGCAAGACAAGCAUGAGCGGCAAUGGCGCUCACAUCGACCAAACCAACCUCUCCGUCGUCCUCGGCGGCAACGGUCUUCCAGAAAUUUACCUUCCAGUCGGCACCGGUGGCGGCUGUAUCACAACUGGGCCCUUUAAAAACAUGACCGUAAACCUCGGUCCCGCAGCCCUGACAAUCCCAGGUAACAUCACCUCCAUCAGCCCCUCAGGUCCUCUAUCCUAUAACCCACGCUGCCUAAAACGCGAUCUCACCGAUGAAAUAAACACGCGUUUCGCAAACUCCACCGCCAUCGUCGAUAACAUCCUCUCACCACAAAACGUCUACGACUUCCAAAUGCAAAUGCAAGGGAUUCCCGGCACAGGCAUCAUCGGUAUCCACGGUGGUGGCCAUUACGCCAUGGGCGGCGACCCAGGCCGCGAUGUAUUUACAUCCCCAGGCGAUCCUGCAUUCUACCUCCAUCACAGUAUGAUUGAUCUGGUAUGGACAGCUUGGCAAAUGCUGGAUCCCGAAAACAGGAUUUAUGGAAAAGAUGCUAUUAUGGGGACGAAUACGUUUUUGAAUACGCCACCUAGUGAGAAUACGACUAGGGAGACGAAUAUUAGUAUCGGGUGGGCUGGGAGGGGGAAGAAUGUCACGAUGGGGGAUGUGAUGAGUACGGUUGAAGGGCCGUUUUGCUAUGUGUAUGCUUGA